AUGGAGAGGCUCUGGUUUCUCCUGAUCUGGCUGCUUGCUGUUCUGGUGUGUUUUGGUGCCGGCCAGGAGCCUUUACGCGCGCACACCGGCCCGUGGAGACACCGGAUCCAGUGGGAGAACAACGGCCAGCUGUACAGCUUACUCAGCACCGGGACCGAGUACCGUUCACCCUCUCAGAGCAGGAGACGCACGCAGCUCUUCCUGACGACAAAGAACAGUUUGAACCAGAUUCAGUCGCCCGCUGCUCUCAGUGGAUCCACAAGGACCAGAUCCGGGGGCGCAUCCGGGGAUCAGUCUGAGCAGAUGGAUGCGUCAGUUCUUACUGCUGAUUCGGGUCAGUACCUGCUCACCUCCGGACGGCCUGGUACUCACAGUCGAACCCUCACCCACCAAGCUCCAUCUAACGGAACCUCUAUCCAAGAGUUCUCCGGCGGAGGAGUUCCCAGAGGGGGCCGCAGUGCGCCCGAGGACGCACAGCAGGCCAGUCCGGCUCCGGCCAGAGCGCACGAUUUAACGCAGAGGCGAGUCCCCAUUUUGGAGUCCGAGAGCUCGGAUUCGCCUCCUGCAUCUGUUUGGGUCACCUGGACAGAAGACCAGACCAGAGCCCAGUCCCUGACCAGAGCCAGCCCGGAGUCCAGUGACUCUCCUCCAUCCAGUAACGCUGUAGAGAUUCACUUUCCCCGCAGGAGACCGGAGACGACAGAUGACCGCAGGGAUCCACACAGCAUCCAUCACAGGAACUCAGUUUUCUACAACGUUUCCCCACCGGACCUCAGGAACCGACAGAACGGGAUGGAUCUAGCCGGUACUGGCUACGGAACCAGAUUCUUCCACAACGGUCUCCCAGACCUGAUACCUGACCCGUACUACAUCCAAGCUGCCUCCUACAUCCAGAGAGUUCAGAUGUAUGCGCUUCGCUGUGCUGCAGAGGAGAACUGCCUUUCCAGGUCUGCCUAUCAACCCGGUGUGAGUGACCUGGACUACAGAGUUCUGCUGCGGUUCCCACAGCGAGUCAAGAACCAGGGAACGGCAGACUUCCUUCCAUUAAAACCCAGACACGAGUGGGAAUGGCACAGCUGUCACCAACAUUACCACAGUAUGGAGGCCUUCAGUAACUACGACCUGCUGGAUGUCUCCACUGGACAGAAGGUUGCUGAGGGACACAAAGCCAGUUUCUGUCUGGAGGACACGUCCUGCGACCCCGGCGUGCGACGGCGCUACGCGUGCACUGCUCACACACAGGGGCUCGGCCCUGGCUGCUACGACACAUAUCACGCCAACAUUGACUGCCAGUGGAUCGACAUCACCGACGUGCAGCCAGGAAACUACAUACUCAAGGUGACAGUGAACCCCUCCCAGCUGGUCCAGGAGUCAGAUUUCUCCAACAACGAGGUGCGGUGCGACAUCAGGUACACAGGAAUCCACGUCCAGGCGGCAAACUGCAGGAUUGUUGUGUAA